GUGUGUGUGUGUGUGUUUGUUUUGAGGGAGGGAGGGCGACAUAAAGAGGCGCGAGAGAGGAGGAAGCUGUCAAACGCAACCCAAUAGUCCAAAGAGAGCAGAGGACUGUUGGGACUUCAGUAACAGUUUUGUCAUUUGGUGAGUCAUACAGCGCUUACACAGGAAGUUUAAUCGAAACGGGACUUUUUCGGUGGACAUCUUUGCUGUGGAGGUGACCGGCUGGAUGCCAUGGACCCGCUGCUGCCCGUAGACACGGAGGCAGACAAAGAUGCGAGAAGGAAGAUCCAGUUCUCCGUGCCCUCCUCCGUGCCCACCCAGCUGGACCCGCGACAGGUGGAGAUGAUUCGACGUCGGAGGCCGACACCAGCCACACUCUUUAGAUUGACAGAACCACCAUCCCCAGAGGAAAACAUCGGCCCUCACCAGUGGGUUCUGGGGGAAAAUGGAGCCUUGAAAGCCAACCUGGUUCACACAACCUACCAUCCACCCUCACUUAAAGCUGUCCAGAGGAUGUGCCAGGCCCACCUGGCCUCCCUAGACAUGUCUUCUGUGGACAAAGAGGAUCCCUCUUCUGGGGAGGAAGAGGAGGAACGCGAGAAAGAGAGCCAGCAGACAGCCUCAGCUACAGAUCUAAGGGAAGAAAGCAAACCUCUCAGGGAUCAGUGUGCUCCACCUGACAGUUUGACAGGAAGUGGUCAUCUCAGCCGUCACCACGGAGACACAGAGGAGGCCAAAGAGAGAGAGGAUGUAAAAGGAGAAUGACAAAAGAAUAGGGCUCAGAUGGAGACAUGGUGUAAGUGUGGAACAGUGUUGCAUUGCACACGUACUGUACGGGCAUUGUGUGUGUGCCUGCAUGGGUGUGUGUUAUUUGGGUCUGUGAGUGUGUGCAUGCAUGUGACAAAAGUUGAAUGUGGAAAAGAGAUACAGAGAGAGAGAGAGAGACAGAGAGAGAGGAAAACAGACAGACAUUGAAGGUCAGAAUAUGAAGGACCAAGUAUAUGGAAAAGUUUAACGUAUGGCCAGGGCUGCAAUUCCAAUCAGCCAAGGACAAUGCACAAGAAACAUGAGAACUGCAUUUUCUCAAGCAAAUACAUGUUUGUUUUUUUAGGUUCAGGAUUCAACAGCAUUCUGGGACUUUGGGUAGUUUUUCCAGAAAACUAUAUCCAAGUGUAAAAAAUCAGAUUUUGUUCCAGGGCAUGGAACAUAAUGACACUGGUCGUAAAAAAACACACCUCAAGAACAAUUGUAAAGAGCGUAUGAUGCACACAGCUCAAGAUAAGAUGAAAUAACACACAGUAUAAACCAUCUUAUGCAUAUUUUACAUAUAUGUAAGAUUCUGUUUUAUCUGUAGUGUGAUGGUCAAAAUGCAUAAAAGUUUUAGGGCCGUUAUGGGGUUAUUUUAGUAUACAGUACACAGUUAUAUAGCAGAGUCAAUCCUUAUUGGAAUUUAGCUAAGGAACUGUAGGGCUGCUUACAAAGUUAGUACACAACUCUUUUCAAUUGGCUAUCUUCAACUUUGUAGACGUUUGCAUCCAAGGUCAAGGAAAUCAGAGUAUGGCUUACAGACGUUUUGAGCGCUGCCACAGCCACAGCAGACCAGAUUAAAUAAUAUCCGACUAAUCCAACGAAUCACAAAAAUGCAGCACAGUUUUUAUGGUGUCAUAUUAUGAACAGGCUUUUUUGUAACACGGCGAUGAGCAAGCAUUAUGUGUUUGUGACGGCAAAGAUGAUCGAUGGAGACUGAAAGAAGACCUAUUUUCUUUAAACAAUGUAUAUGAUGAGUGUAUAGGUUCAUUAUUGACCUUGUAUAUAAAUGUUUUGUUUUGUUUUGGUUGCUAAUCAAACAAUUAUAAUGGGUUGUUGUUGGUAUUUGUGUGAUUGUAUGUCUGUAAAAGGAAUCUGUAGGAAUGUAAAAUGCUCCAGUCAUAUCUUUUUUCUAAGAAAAGAAAGACAAAAGGCUUUAUUUGGAUAUUGCAAAUGACAGCAGACAUUGACAUUUAUUAAAUGAAGACCCUGAACACC